AUGGGUCUUACAGAGGAACAAAAGCAGCAUUUUAUCGAAAAUGGCUGGUUAAAAAUUGAAAGUGCCUUCACGCCCGAGCAGGCUGCGCCGAUGCUAAAAGACGUUGAAGAACGUCUCGGCGUAGACUUGAAUGAUAAGACAACCUGGAAGCAGUGGCGUAUCAACCUCAAGCCUAAUCGGUGGGUUCAGGCAUCUGAAUUCGCCCCCAAGGCUUGGGAAGCCAUCUGCGAGCUCUCUGGCGGGGAGCAUCGCCUGGACCCUGAGGGCUGUUUCUGGAGCAAUGGUUUCAUCGUCAAUCUUGGUGAUUCUGCCUAUGAAGGCAAGCCAUCGCCACUAGAGGGACUGGACCAAUUCCAUACCGAUGGGCAGUUCUUCGUCCACUAUCUUGACAGCCCUGAGCAGGGUAUUUUUUGCGUGCCGCUUUGGACCGAUAUAGUCCCAGGUGGUGGUCCCACAGCUCUCUGCUCUGGGACUGUAGGCACUGUUGCAAAAUGGCUAUAUGACCACCCUGAUGGCACCAACCCAGACCUGCUCCCACGAGGCCAUCCACGGUUCAAUGAUCCCAACGGCACCAAUUUAGAUUGGUCAAACGAAGUUGCUCGGACCAACGGUCGUUUCGACCUGGGCACAGGCAAGGUUGGGGAUGUGUUUUUGUUGCAUCCGUUCUUGGUUCACUCCCCGACACGUAAUGAGAAGAAGCUCUUCCGUGCCAUAACGAAUUCAAAGACUAGUUUGAAGGAGCCUAAUCUUCUACAUCGUGCGGAUGGUAAGUAUAGCAUUCUCGAGCAGACCAUCAGGCGCGGUUUGAUGCAGAAUGGUGUGACGGAGGAGGGUUUGAAGAACUGGCACAUCACUGCACCUCGAGAACAAUUUCAGCCAGGUCUCGUUGGUAGAAUUGUACCGACAAAGGCCGAUGUCACCCCUCUAGACAAAUUUGGAGUACCUGCAGUAGCGUGA